AUGUUUAUCAACCGAAGCCCAUUUCAGUGUCCAACUCAACUGAGGGCUCACACGCAGUUAAAAUACGAGUUAUCACACAGUUAUUUUAACGUUUGUAACUAUCUACUACCUUCACCCAGCAACUUGACCGCUGUGGUGGUGGGAGAGCUGAGUUCAGAGGAAGUCUGCUCUAAUGCAGAAUUAUGUACCGAAGGGUUACCAUGUGUUGGAUACUCUGGAGAAGCUACUGUUCCUGCCUUCCUGAGCAUUCCAUAUAGUAUGGGACGAUUAAUUGCUGAUGAAAAAAUUAAUAAAAGGCCAAAAAUUGAUGAGUGUGAAAAGAAAAAGAGGAAAGACUAUGAGAGUCAAAGCAAUCCUGUUUUUAGGAGAUACUUAAAUAAGAUUUUAAUUGAAGCUGGAAAGCUUGGACUUCCUGAUGAAAGCAAAGACGCUAUGCAUUAUGAUGCUGAGAUUAUCCUUAAAAGACAAACCUUGUUAGAAAUACAGAAGUUUCUUAGUGGAGAAGACUGGAAACCAGGUGCCUUGGAUGAUGUACUGAGUGAUAUUUUAAUUAAUUUUAAGUUUCAUGAUUUUGAAACAUGGAAGUGGCGAUUUGAAGAUUCCUUUGGAGUGGAUCCAUAUAAUGUGUUAAUGGUACUUCUGUGUCUGCUCUGCAUCGUGGUAUUAGUAGCUACCGAGCUGUGGACAUAUGUACGUUGGUACACCCAGUUAAGACGUGUUUUAAUCAUCAGUUUUCUCUUCAGUUUGGGAUGGAAUUGGAUGUAUUUAUAUAAGCUAGCUUUCGCACAGCAUCAGGCCGAAGUUGCCAAGAUGGAGCCAUUAAACAAUGUGUGUGCUGAAAAGAUGGAUUGGACUGGAAGUAUUUGGNNNUGGUUUAGAAGUUCGUGGACCUAUAAGGAUGACCCAUGCCAAAAAUACUACGAGCUUUUAUUAGUCAACCCUAUUUGGUUGGUCCCACCAACAAAGGCACUGGCAGUGACAUUCACCAACUUCGUAACAGAACCACUGAAGCACAUUGGAAAAGGAGCUGGUGAAUUUAUUAAAGCACUGAUGAAGGAGAUUCCAGCGUUACUUCACAUUCCUGUGCUGAUAAUUAUAGCAUUAGCUAUCUUGAGUUUCUGCUAUGGUGCCGGAAAAUCAGUUCAUGUGCUAAGACAUUUAGGUGGUCCUGAGAGAGAACCUCCCCGGGCACUCCAGCCAGGUGACAGAAGAUGGCAGAAGGAAAUUGAUUAUAGACCCCAUGGUGGAGCAGGUGAUGCAGAUUUCUAUUAUAGGGGCCAAAUGUGCCCCCUUGAGCCAGGCCCUUAUGACAAAACAUAUGAGGGUAGAAGAGAUGUUUUGAGAGAGAGAGAUGUUGACUCGAGAUUUCAGACUGGCAACAAGAGCCCUGAAGUGCUCCGGGCAUUUGAUUUACCAGACGCAGAGGCACGAGAGCGUCCCGAGGUGGCACUCAGUGUAAGUCAGCAACUGUUCGUUUUGCUGUCCCUUCAUGCUAGGCCUAAAUGCUGCCCACAGAGCUUUUCAUAA